AUGCAUAUAUUCUCUUCCAUUACAAAUAAGUCUAAUUAUAUGUAUACAGUUAUGUUUAAAGGUCUAAUUAUUAACAAUGUGGCAGAGAAGAUAUUGGAUUUAUUCGAUGAAAUGAAAAUUGAACCUAAUCAGCUUACUCUCACUAUUUUGUUUAAUGCAUCUGCUGUACUUAAUAAUAAUCGACCAAUGAAAACAGGAAAAAAACUUCUUGCUGAAAUGCCUGAGAAUUAUCGAAAUCACAAUGUUAUAUCAACUUCAGCAAUUGACAUGUUAAUGAAAUUUGGUGAUGUUGAAGGUGCUGAAACAAUUUUUCGGUCAGUCAAAGCGAAAGGUGCUGAUAUUUAUGGUGCUUUAAUGAAUGGUUAUAAUCUGAAUGGUGAAUCAUGGAAAUGUUUUAAGGUUUUUGAAGAAAUGAAUGAAAAAGACAUUAUUCCUGAUGAGAUUGCAUGGAAUGUACUUAUUGGUGCAUGUUCAAAAAGUGGGAUGCUACAUCAUUGCCAAUAUAUUAUGAAUCAAAUUCCUUUGAAUAUUCAGAACAACAUUCGAAUANUUGAACAUCAUUUUUAG